AUGGGCUCCUCUCGGGCACCCAAGAUGGGGCGUGUGGGAGGGCAAGGGAUGAUGGCAUUGUUGCUGGCUGGUCUCCUCCUGCCAGGAACUUUGGCUAAGAGCAUCGGGACCCUUUCAGACCCCUGUAAGGACCCCACACGAAUCACUUCUCCGAACAACCCAUGUCUCACUGGAAAGGGUGGCUCCAGCAGCUUCAGUAGCCAAAGUGGCUCCAGCAGCUUCAGCAACUCCAUUUCCAGUUCCGGUGGCUCCAGUGGUGGCUCCAGUGGUGGCUCCAGUGGUGGAUCCAGCAGUUCUAGUAUCUCCAGUGGUGGUUCCAGUGGUGGCUCCAGUGGUGGCUUCAGUGGUGGCUCCAGCGGUUAUAGUAUCUCCAGUGGUGGUUCCAGUGGUGGCUUCAGUGGUGGCUCCAGGGGUGGUUCCAGUGGUGGCUCCAGUGGAUCCAGUUUCUACCAGGGUGGUUCUGCAGGAUCUGCAUUAUUUAAACCAGGAUCAGGAUAUCCCAAAGGAACAGGGGAUGGCUCUGCUCUACCGGUCAAUGAUAAGUCUCAUAUGUCUGGAGGAAGCUCUUCCUUUUCCCAAACCUCUCAGAUGUCCAGCAGCAGUAGUCAAAGCAGCAGCUCCAACCUGCGUCCCUGUAGCUCAGAUGUCCCUGACUCUCCCUGCAGUGGGGGACCCAUUGUCUCACAUUCUGGCCCCUACAUCUCCAGUUCCCACUCUGUGUCAGGGGGGCAGAGGCCCGUAGUAGUGGUGGUGGAGCAGCAUGGCUCUGGUGGCCCUGGAGUGAUUCAAGGUAGCCCCUGUAGCAGUGGUGGCCUCCCAGGCAAGCCCUGCCCCCCCAUCACAUCUGUACAGCAAUCCUAUGGUGGCUAUGAGGUGGUAGGUGGCUCCUCUGACAGCUAUCUGGUCCCAGGCAUGACCUAUAGCAAGGGUAAAAUCUACCCUGUGGGCUACUUCACCAAAGAUAACCCUGUCAAGGGGUCUCCAGGGUCCCCGUCCUUUGCAGCUGGGCCCCCCAUCUCAGAGGGAAAAUACUUUUCCAGCAAUCCCAUCAUCCCCAGCCACAGCUCAUCUAGUUCCAACAUACACCAGUCAGGAGCUUCCUCAGCCAUUGCAUUCCAGCCUGUGGGCUCUGGUGGGGUCCAGCCCUGUGGAGUCGGCUUCACAGGACCUAAGGGACCCUGCUCCCCUUCUGGUUCUGGAGUGCAUAUCAGUUCUAGCAUAUCCAGCAAUUCCGGUUCAUCCUACCACCCCUGCAGUGGUGUCUCCCAGGGUCCCUGCUCCCCACCAGGCACUGGCUCCUUAGGAGGCAGCUCCAGCUCCAGCUCCAGCUCCAGCUCCCUAUCCAGUGGCAAAAUCAUCCUUCAGCCCUGCAGCAUCAAGUCCAGCUCUUCUGGUCAACCUUGCAUUUCUGUUUCCUCCUCGACAUUGAGUGGGGGUCCCGAUGGCUCUCCUCAGCCUGAUCCCUCUGCUGGUGCCAAGCCCUGUGGCCUCAGCAGCCCUGGAAGGAUCCCUUGCCGCUCUAUCCGGGACAUCCUGACCCAAGUGAAGCCUCUAGGGCCCCAGCUAGCUGACCCUGAAGUUUUCCUACCCCAGGGAGAGUCACUUGACAGUCCAUAA